UACACCUUGUGUGGUUGGGUGUGGAGAGCGGGGGAGGGGGGUUUCCAAAUCUAGUGAAAUUCCCAUUCGUGGGUAUUAUCAUGCCUGUGGGGUUGGCAGUUCUUUAAAGUUUAGCAAGUCUGCAAAUAACUACAGAGCACAAUACAGUCCCCCUCCCUUCCUCUCUCUAGCUCUCUCUCUCCUUUUUUUUUUUUUUCCUUUUCCUGCCUCCAAACGCCUUCUUGGAGGCUGAAGCUGGGCAGGUCUCCAAAGGUACAGCAGCACAACAAUCCUGCAGUUCAAAGUUAAGCAGCAGUUGCACAACUUUCAGCCGCUCUCUUUAGGCGGCUACUAAUGAGCUAAGAAACCAGGAGCAUCUGAGGAGGUGAAGAGGAAGCUCCCAGUUCUCCUCCCUCCACUCUAUGAAUCCAAUCCCCCCAUCCCACCCCCACUCUCACCCCCGAGAACUUUAAGAUAUCAUCCUUGCUGCUCGCUGGCCUGGCGGACCAUGGCUCCCUUUGGAAGAAACUUGCUAAAGACUCGGCAUAAAAACAGAUCUCCAACUAAAGAAAUGGAUUCAGAAGAGAAGGAAAUUGUGGUUUGGGUUUGCCAGGAAGAGAAGAUUGUCUGUGGGCUAACCAAACGCACCACCUCUGCCGACGUCAUCCAGGCUUUGCUUGAGGAACACGAGACUACAUUUGGGGAGAAACGAUUUCUUCUGGGAAAGCCCAGUGAUUACUGCAUCAUAGAAAAGUGGAGAGGCUCUGAACGGGUUCUUCCUCCCCUAACUAGAAUCCUGAAGCUUUGGAAAGCAUGGGGAGACGAGCAGCCUAAUAUGCAGUUUGUUUUGGUUAAAGCAGAUGCUUUUCUUCCAGUUCCCUUGUGGCGGACAGCUGAAGCCAAAUUAGUGCAAAACACAGAAAAACUGUGGGAGCUCAGCCCGGCAAAUUACAUGAAGACAUUACCACCAGAUAAACAAAAAAGAAUAGUCAGGAAAACUUUCCGGAAACUGGCUAAAAUUAAGCAGGACACAGUUUCCCAAGAGCGAGAUAGUAUGGAGACAUUAGUUCAUCUGAUUAUUUCCCAGGAUCACACUAUUAAUCAACAAGUGAAGAGAAUGAAAGAGCUGGAUCUGGAAAUUGAAAAGUGUGAAGCUAAAUUUCAUCUUGAUCGGGUAGAAAACAAUGGAGAAAAUUAUGUCCAGGAUGCAUAUUUGAUGCCCAGUUUCAGUCAAGUUGAGCAAAAGCUAGGCUUGGAAUAUGAUGAAAGGCAGAUGCUGGAGGACCUAAGAGAAAGUAAUGGAAUUGUACAGCUGGAGGAACGACUGACCUACUACAGAAAGCUCAUUGAUAAGCUCUCUGCCGAAAUAGAAAAAGAAGUAAAAAGUGUUUGCGUGGAGAUAAAUGAAGAUGCAGAAGGGGCAGCUGCCAGUGAACUUGAAAGCUCUAAUUUAGAGAGUGUUAAAUGUGAUUUGGAGAAAAGCAUGAAAGCUGGUUUGAAAAUCCACUCGCACUUGAGUGGCAUCCAGAAAGAGAUUAAAUACAGUGACUCAUUGCUUCAGAUGAAAGCUAAGGAAUAUGAGCUCCUCACCAAGGAGUUCAAUUCCCUUCAUAUCAGCAAUGCAGAUGAAUGCCAGCUAAAGGAAAACAGAGGAAAGGAAUCUGAGGUGCCCACCAGCAAUGGGGUGGUUUCUCCUUUUACUCAAAGAAUAUUUAACAUGUAUACAAAUGACACAGACUCAGACACUGGUAUCAGCUCUAACCACAGUCAGGACUCGGAAACAACUGCAGGAGAUGUGGUGCUGUUGUCAACGUAAUUUAAAUGGCUUCACUCUGACCUACUUUAAUAUUGUUUGUGUUUGUUUAAUUUAAUAGGAAAAUUUAAAUAUUCCACUCUGGAGAAAAAUGUAAAUAAUGUUAAGGAAUUCAGUAGCUAGUAAGAACUAGAGAACUUUGUUGGUUUGUUUUUGAUUUAAGAGUUCCAGUGUUAUCUAAUUAUUACAAAAGUUCAAACAAUGAGCUGUUCAUUAGGAAUGCAGCAAAAAUAGCUUGUAGGUAUAUAACAGAGAAGUAAUUUGAUGUGAAUUAUAGUCUGUUUCUAUGAGAAGUGAUGUAUUCAAACUUCAAACUAGUUCUUAAUAUUAGCAUCAGUAUAUUGAAACUAUACACGUGAACAAGUAAAAUUAAGAUGUAUUGUUAUAGAAUUUUCAACACUGUAUCAUUGGUAUUUUAUAAUCUGUAAAGUAUAUGAUAACUCUUAUUGUAACUAUAUUAAUUCAAAUCCUUGUUCAUUUCUUUGCUAUUUAAAAUGUAUAUCAUCUCUGUUAGUUCCUGAAUCCCUCUACCUGUUUAGGUUUAGAUAAGAAGAGAUGGAAGGGUUGUUAUUGGAACAUGUACAAAUACCAUCAGUGGAUCAGACAGGGAUAUAAAUAAGAAAAGCCAAGUUUUGCAGACAACAGCAACUUUUCUAAAAAAGCUGAAAAUUAAUAGAUAUUUAUGUGCUUUCUCUAUCUGAUAUGCAAACCUUUAGAUCAAACCAGUCAUCUAUGCAGGUUCAUUCUUUGAGUGAGAUACGGUGUGAGUUACAGAGAAAAAUCACAGGGUCAUAGUCCUAUUUGAUUAUACCUUAUCUAAAAAAGGUGAAGGGAUGCAGCUUGGCGUCCUUUGUGUGGGUAAAAUAGAACUCCAUGUACCUUAAGUAUCCCCUGGAGGAGGGCAUGGCAACCCACUCCAGUAUUUUUGCCUGGAGAAUCCCAUGAACAGAGGAACUUGGAGGGCUACCGUUCAUAGGGUCACAAAGGGUCAGACACGACUGAAGCAACUUGGCACACACAAAAAUACACCCAUAAAUAUUAGUAUUUUUCCUCUGAAAAUAGAGAUAGGAACUCAUGUGAACAAAAACCUUUUAUUCUGCUACACUAUAAUUCAGAUGGUCUAUAUGGUCCUUCAUUUAAGGUGCAAACUGAAAAAAAAAAAAAAAAAAAGGAGCUCUACUCUAUCCCACUCUCAAGCAUGAAAGUAAAUAUCCAACAAGUUGAAUAGAUGGUUUAGAUUCUGUCUUGACUGAGAAUCAUUAUAGUGCCAGAAGAGGCUUAGUUUGGCUUGGUUUUUAGUUAGGAAGUUCCUUUCUUUCUCUUUCUCUCUCUUAUCUCCUUCUUUCCCUGCCUUAUUUCUUGCUAUUGAACACAUGACACAAUCAUAUUAAAAACUGUUUUGUUGUACUGUUGCAUGAAUACAGCCGCAAUUCGUUUUUCCUUUAGCUAAUAUCUUUCUCACAUGUGAGUAGAUAGAAAGAUUAUUUUACUUAGUUUGAAUAUGUGGAUAUUGGUUAAGAUUCUCAGUAUUUCUCAUUUCUUUCCUUUUUAUAUUUAUGUUUACUGUACUAUAUGUUUUAACUCCGUCUCCUAAUCUUUUUUAAAAUUUCUCCAUCCUCCAGACAUUUUGCCAACCUUUGGGAAGAUAUUUAAAUUUUCUUAAUAUUUCAGCUUUGGGGAGUAUCUAAUGUUACCCUUUUUCAUACUAAGAUUCUGCUGAAGGCCUUAUUGAAGGUGCAUGAUAAACACCUUAUCUGAAGUUGCAUGGUAAGAAAAGUAGGAAUUUCCACUGUAGGGAAAGUAUGAUGAUAAGUAAUAACACAAACAUGGGUUUAAUUUGAAAGAAAUAAGGGAAUUAAAUAGUCAUUUAAGAAAAGGAAGUUUAUUUGCCUAAUAUCUCAUUAAUCAUUCAGUACUAUGGAAAGCUAUUGACAUAUUUAUUAUUCUCUUCUGGGGAUUAAACUCAGAAGAUCAUCAUCAAAGAUAAAAACAGUUGUAGUAUUGUUUUUCAAAAGUAAUCUCUGAAUCUCUUUGGAUUACUCUCUAGUGAGAAAAUAAUAAGAAGAAUAUUGUUAUCUGCUAUAUAAUUUGAUUAAUUAUCUGAAUCCAAAUCUGAUAAAUAGAACUAGCUAGAUAAUGGCAUUUUUAGAAACUUUGCCUGAUUUUAUACAAUGUCUGGUUUUAUACAAUUAAGCAUAGUGAUGCAUUCUAAGGGCCAAUUCUUCUAUUUUUUCAGUAAAUAAUGUUAAAAACUCUUGUCAGAAAGCAAGACUAUUGAGUUUUAAAAUUACAUUAGAAUUUCAACUUGUUCUGUUGUUAUACAAAUGUAUUUGUGCCUUUGAUUCAUUACAGUAUUAAAUCAUCAACUACCAUGGUGAAUCUCUAAUUUAGAAUAAUAUAUUAAUACAAAUAAAAAUACUAAAAUGCAGUGCCCUCAUCUCUGGAUACUGAGCUAUGAAAAAUUAAAUGAGAAUGUAUAGUCUAAAUUUAGAACUUGAUAAAAAACUUUAGUGUUUUAAUUAUUUAUAGAAGCUUUAAAAUAAAAUGUUUAUAAAUUCUUGAGUAACCUAACAGAUUAACAAUUAAAUUGUUAGAUGAAGCUAGAAAUAGCAAACAAAACCUAUUUUUCCCUGUAACAAGACAGAUUUUCACAGACUGUGUCUUGUUCAUUCUCCCACUUGAAAUGUCUCUCUUUUUCUUCCAUCUGCUAUAUACUGAAAUACCAUCCAUUUCAGGCUUUUCAGUGUGUUAUCUCUUGCUAUGAAACAUGUUUUUCUAUUCAACCAUUGUAAUAAUUUAUCUCUGAACCCACAAUUAUUUUAGGUGUAUUUUUCAUAAAGGAGCAUUUAUAUUCUGGCUUAGCAUAUAUUUAUGUAUGUACUCAUCUAACUUCCCUCCCUCAACAUAUUUUUAUUGUCUUAUUACUUGUCUGUCUUGUUAACCUUACUGCCUCUAAUCAAUCUCUUUGUCCCUACUCAAUUCUGGAAUUGAAUUGCUAAAUUUUAGAAGAUUAUAACUUAAAAAAAGUUAUUUCUAUACAUGGUAAAUGAUACCGGUGCAUUUUAUACAUAAAUAUGCAUUUUAGCAAACUUAAAACAUUAACAAUUCUACUUAUAAAUCCUUUGGAAGAGAGACUACGUCUUAGUGUCAUUAUGAAAAAAUGUUGCCUUACUAUUUUCUAUUUUAUUUUUAAUUCACAGAGUUACUGAUUACAAACAAUGGGAAUAUUUUCUUUAUAAAAGCUUCAAUGGUUAAAUUAUGGUGUUUUUCACUGCAUCCCUGCAUGUAAUGAAAAAUAUUUUAUAGAGCUAGGUUUUAAGUGGUAGACACACAAAAUAACUUUGAAAUAUCUUAACUAUUUUAUUUUCUCCUUUUCAUUAAAAAUAUAAAUAAAUGGCCUUUCAUUGGUGUGUAGAAGCUAUUUUAAUCCAUUAAAAUUUUAUUUUUAUAUUUAUUUAAACAUCUACUGUACAUGACAAAAUAUAUACCUGUGGCUGCAUUUUAUAAUUUUUCAAGGUAGGAUUAUUAUUUUAAUUGAAAUGUAUUUUUCUUGAGACAAAAGGAAUACCUUUUAAUAUGAUACAGAUUUCUUUUAAUUAUUAGGCUAUUUCUUUUCAUACUACCUGAUUGGUUUAAUAACUUGAUGUGACAAGUACAAAAUACAAUUUUUUCAAGUGUAACUGGUCCAAAAUAAUAAAAGGAAUAGUUGUAUA